AUGACAGUAUCAUGGUAGUGUAGGGUCCGAUGUUUUUCAUAUAGCAAUUGACAUAUACUUGCACUAGGCAAGUAGUUAGUAAGGACGAACAACAAUACACAAUGGCGAGAAUAAUUUUACUGUGGUUACUGUUCGUUGUAUGUCUAAUUCACCAUUCAUCGACUUUUUAUUUACCGGGUCUAGCACCGGUAAAUUAUUGCAAGGCCGGAGAAACCUCUGAAACGUGUAAAUCCGAGAUUAAACUGUAUGUAAAUCGUCUAAACACUGAGAAAUAUGUAAUACCAUAUGAAUAUCAUCACUUUGAUUUUUGUCCUUCCGAUGAAACUCAGAGUCCUGUUGAAAACUUAGGACAAGUUGUUUUUGGAGAACGUAUAAGGCCUUCUCCUUACAAGCUAGAGUUCAUGAAAAAUGUUAAUUGUGACGUUGUGUGUAAAAGAUCAUAUCAAGGUGGAAAUAAAGAUUCAGAAAAGAAAUUGGAAUUUUUGAGGAAAGGAAUGGCAUUUAAAUAUCAGCAUCAUUGGAUAGUUGAUAAUAUGCCUGUUACGUGGUGUUAUCAGUUAGAGGAUGAAAGACAAUAUUGUAGUACUGGAUUUCCUAUGGGAUGCUUCUUGCGAGAUUCAAGAUCUCAACAGGACUGUACUGUUAAUGAUGCAUAUAACAAAAGAGAAAACAGUUAUUACCUUUAUAAUCAUGUAGACCUUACGAUCACGUAUCAUAGCGGUGUUAAAGAAGAAUGGGGAUCUGCAUUUAAGGAAAAUGGAGGACGUAUAAUAUCUGUUAAAGUGGUUCCUCGUAGUAUUAAACAUGGUACUGUUGUUAACUGUGAGCACAAAGAAGCAUUAGAUAUACCACACAGUCCACUUUCUGUUGGGAAAAACUUAGAUAUUACUUACACAUACUCUGUGACGUAUAUUGAAAACAGUACAAUCAAAUGGUCAUCUAGAUGGGAUUAUAUCUUAGAAUCUAUGCCACAUACAAAUAUCCAGUGGUUUAGUAUUCUUAAUUCAUUAAUAAUUGUUUUGUUCCUUUCUGGAAUGGUGGCCAUGAUAUUGCUCCGAACAUUACACAAAGAUAUUGCGAGAUACAAUCAGGCUUCCUUCCAGAUAGAAUCAGGAGAAGACGCACAUGAAGAAUUUGGCUGGAAAUUAGUUCAUGGUGAUGUAUUUCGACCUCCUCGCAAAGGAAUGUUAUUAUCAGUUUUACUCGGGUCUGGUGUUCAAGUGUUUUAUAUGACACUUGUAACACUUGCAUUUGCGUGUUUAGGAUUUUUAUCUCCAGCAAACAGAGGAGCUUUAAUGACUUGUGCCAUGGUUUUAUAUGUUUGCCUCGGAGCUACUGCUGGUUACGUAUCUGCUAGAAUAUAUAAAAGCUUCGGUGGUGAAAAAUGGAAAUCGAACGUUGUACUUACAUCUAUGUUGAGUCCUGGAAUUGUAUUCAGUUUAUUCUUUAUAAUGAAUUUAAUUUUUUGGGCAAAUGAAAGUUCAGCUGCAGUACCAUUCAGCACCCUUAUUGCUCUUCUAGCACUUUGGUUUGGAGUAUCUCUUCCAUUAACAUUUAUUGGUGCUUAUUUCGGAUUCCGGAAAAGGUCUUUGGAGCAUCCUGUUAGAACCAAUCAGAUUCCUAGACAAAUACCAGAACAAAGUUUUUAUACUCAACCAAUACCUGGUGUAAUAAUGGGUGGAGUUCUACCUUUCGGAUGUAUAUUUAUACAAUUAUUCUUUAUACUUAAUUCUUUAUGGUCAAGUCAGGUGUAUUACAUGUUUGGAUUUCUCUUUUUGGUAUUUGUUAUACUCGUAAUUACAUGUUCAGAAACGACGAUUUUACUUUGCUAUUUCCAUCUUUGUGCGGAAGAUUAUCAUUGGUGGUGGCGUAGUUUCCUAACAUCUGGAUUUACCGCGUUCUAUUUAUUAAUCUAUUGCAUACAUUUUUUCAUGACUAAGUUGGAAAUAGAAGAUGCUACAUCUACGUUCCUUUACUUUGGUUAUACUUGUAUUAUGGUUUACUUAUUCUUCGUUUUAACAGGAUCAAUUGGCUUCUUUGCCUGUUUCUGGUUCGUGCGAAAGAUCUACAGUGUCGUAAAAGUCGACUAAUGUAUCAAAUGAUACUUAUCGAAAUAAACUGAAUGUGGUACGAAUAAAAUAGUCAUAGAAAUGAAUGAUAAUUGAUAUCAGUUUCGAAAAAGACGGUGUUAACGUACAAGCAUCAAGUCCUUUUUAUGCGCAAGUGUUAGCAUCAACUCCUUUUUAUGUGCAAGUGUUCUAAUUUCAAUUUAUUUAUUGUCUCAAUUAUAGAUAUUUCAUGCAAUUAAAUAUUUCAGAUAUUACUUAUUAUUUAUGUUAUUAAUAAUAAAUAAAGUAUAACAAUAAUAUUACAAAUUAGUACAAAAAAUACUGUUUGAUAAUGAUAAUAGUCAUAAGAAGCGUUUGUUUUAUUUUGCAAGAUUUCCAAAGAAGUAUAUUUGCCAAAAUUGUUUUUAUACAUUUUCUUGCUUCUUGAAACAUGCGCAUAAAAAGGGUUACAAAUCAGGUCAUUAAUUUAACCUGCUACCUGAAAACCAGGAGACAAAAUGUUCGAAAUUUAUCAGCAUAACAUUGAUGUGUUUAUUGUUAACUACAGUAAAGACUCUAUAAUUGUUUGUAAAGGAUUGCACUUUAACUCUAUGUUUUAUUCAAGAUUUAAUUGCAUUUAAGAUACAUAUCUAUUAUAUUCAACAUCGCCUUCGUGAGACGAUACCAAAGCAACGACAAAUCUUAUUUUAAUUUCUAUUUACUACUCGCUAUCUCAGAAUGAACCGUUAUAGAGUCUUUAGCGUACUUGUCAGUAUGCAUUCUUUUGAUAACGAGAUAAGUGUAUCAAAGCUAUAAAGAUACGUGUAUACAUUUUACAAAUGAAUUGUGCAAUCCAGAUGUAAUGUAUAAUUAUUAGAUACAUUUGUUUACAAUAAUAAGCUGAUAAACUAAAGAUAUUAAUCAACAAUGUAAAUAAGAAAAGACUUUUGUCUUGUAAUCGUCAAGUAGUCUCUCGAAUUCUCUGGACUAUAAAUUUGAAUUGUAAUGUGUACACACAUUUUUUAUCAUGUUUGUAAGAUCGAGUCCUUUGCAUUCUGUAUUACACAGCUUAACUCUUUAAGUUGAAUAUAUUAUAAAAUUUAUAAAUGGUUGCGUAAAAGUAAUUUAAUCUUUUUGCGAUAUAAGCAAAGGAAGAAAUAUGUAUGUAUAUUAAGUUAAUUUACUUGUAAUACAUACACACGUAUAAAUACGA